CUGGAGAGCGAAUAAAGAGAACAGGACAAGUGAAUUGUAGAUUUUCCGUACAGCACGGUCUCAGACGAAUUAUUUGGUGAAAACGACCGCACCGCAUACGAAAUAUACAAUCAGUUUUCCGCACACACAAAAAAUUAUCAAUUUUCUUGUCCUUCAAGAGUGUUUUGUUAUCAAUAAUGUUGCUGGAAAUGUGUUAUUGAAUUGUAAGGAAAAGUUCGUGUACAACUUGUAAAAUGUUAAAUUUCGAUACCAAGUGGCACAAUUUCUGGAGUGUGCUAUCAUCGUUCAACAACCACACGGAAUAAACGAAGCGCCAUGCAAGCGCUUCGAUGGCUUCCCGGCUUAUGUGGAGGCCUCGGACCCGCAUUAAUACCACCUGCUCACAUCGCUAUGCUCUGGUUUUUCUGGCAGAACUAUGCUCGAUAUGUCGAUCAACGCUUUUGUACAUGCUCAUGCUGGGAUACUGUGUUCAAAGGUACAUACGAGUCCGGAAUUGCGUCAUACAAGCACAUGUACUUUAAUGCGACGCAGAAUUCGUUAAAGAUAUGGGUACUAAUCGUGCUUGGAAUUAUUGCAAUGUACGAGUGCAUCAAGCUGUUGGUAUUUUUGAUCAUUCAAAACAAAGUUAGAUAUUCGAUGGUUGUACUGUUCAGUUUAUCGAUUUUUUCCCACUAUUACGGCUGGUGGGCUUACAUCAACUAUUACAAUGACGAGUACUACAGCCAGUGGAAUCACCAAUUGUUUUUUAGUAUAACCGAAUUGAUUUCGACUGGUAUCGUGAUCCAUUUAGCAAACAUUGAUAAUCAAGUGACUUCACGUAAGACAUUUUCCAUUGUUGGCAUUUCAAUUUUGCAUAUUAUGGCUAGUGGAUUUGAUCAAUUCGUUUCGAAUGUAUUCAAGGGAGAAGGCUAUCCACACCAGGUUGUCCGAGAUAUAGGAUUCAUGGUUCCCGAUGUGCUCCAUUUUAUAUUGCCGUUGUGGCUGUUACGUACGACUCGUUUAGAAAGCUACACCACACGACCGUUUUACAUCGAUCGCAACAUUCGCAGAGAUUUGAUUGCGAUGCUAUGCAUUGUCGCCAUUUCAUUUACAUUUUGUUCCUUUCUGUAGGAGUUAGUAUGGUAGUACCAUAAACAAUGCUCACAACUAUAACUUAAUCAAAAACGUAGAACUCUAGUUGGACUCAGUUGCAGUGACAAAAAAUUCGUUUAGUUUAGUUUAGUUAGUAGAUAUGUGACCCAUAGAG